AUGUACUUCUUCCUCACUUACUUAUCUUUCAUAGAUGCAUCCUUGACCUCUGUCACCACCCCCAAAUUAAUCAAUGACCUGUUGUACCAGAGGAGAACCAUCUCCUGGGGUGCCUGCCUAACUCAGCUCUUUAUGGAGCAAUUCCUGGCAGCAUCAGAGGUCAUCCUCCUCAUUGUCAUGUCCUAUGACCACUAUGUGGCCAUCUGCAAGCUUCUGCACUACACAGCCAUCAUGCGACAGGGGCUCUGCCACCUCCUGAUGGUGGUGACCUGGAUCGGGGAGAUCCUACAUGCUACUCCUCAGAUUCUUUUCACAGUGGACUUGACCUUCUGUGAUUCAAAUGUCAUUGACCACCUCAUGUGUGAUUUCUUCUCACUGUUGGAACUUGCCUGCAGUGAUAUCUACUGGCUUGGAAUUGUGGUGGCAGCUAACACUGGGGGCAUGUCCUUGUUCAUUUCCUCCAUGCUACUACUCAUCUCCCACAUAGUCAUCCUGAGCUCCCUGAAAUCCCAUGGUUUUGAAGGAAGAUGCAAAGCCCUGUCUACAUAUGGCUUCCACUUUACAGUAGUGGUGCUCUCUUUUGUCCCGUGCAUAUUCACCUAUACAUGUCCUGUGGCCACUUACCCUACAGACAAAUGGUUGACUGUGUUCUUUGGAAUCCUCACUUCCAUGUUAAAUCCUAUCAUUUAUGCAGUGAGAAAUGCAGAGGUGAAAAAUGCCAUACGGCCCCAGGAAGAUGUUACAUCCUCAAUUGGGCUCCUCACACCUCCCAACAAUGUGACUGAAUUUAUUCUCUUGGGACUCACACAGAAUCCACACUUGCAGGAAACACCCUUCAUUGUCUUUUUGUUCAUUUUCCCAUUUACUGUCCUGACCAGUCUGCUCAUUGUCAUUACCGUCUCCCCCAGCCCUACACCUUCUGCUCCCAUGUACUUCUUUCUCACUCACUUGUCCUUCAUAGAUGUCUCCUUCACCUCUGUCACCACCCCCAAGAUGAUCUCUGACCUGCUAUACCAGAGGAGAACCAUCUCUUGUGAGGGCUGCCUGACUCAGCUCUUUGUGGGACACUUACUGGGAGGAUCAGACACCAUCGUCCUUACUGUCAUGGCCUAUGACCACUAUGUAGCCAUCUGCAAGCCUCUGCACUACACAACCAUCAUGCAACAGGGGCUCUGCCAGCUCCUGGCACUGCUGGACUGGAUUGGUGGAAUCUUGCAUGCCACUGUGCAGAUUCUUUUCAUGAUGGACUUGACCUUCUGUGGUCCCAAUGUCACUGACCACUUCAUGUGUGAUUUCUUCUCAUUGUCAGAACUUGCCUGCAGCAACACCUACAGGCUUGGAAUGGUGGUGGCAGCUAACAGUGGGGGCAUGUGCUUGCUCAUUUUCUUCAUGCUACUCAUCUCCUACACAGUCAUCUUGAGCUCCCUGAAAUCCCAUGGCUCUGAAGGACAACAUAAAUCCUUCUCUACAUGUGGCUCCCACUUUACAGUAAUGGUACUCUUUUUUGUCCCCUGUAUAUUCACCCACUUGCGUCCUGUGGCCACUUAUCCUGCAGACAAGUUGGUGACUGUGUUCUUUGCAAUCCUCAGCCCCAUGUUAAAUCCUGUUAUUUACACAGCAAGAAAUACAGAGGUGAAAAUUGCCAUGAGGAGUUUGUUGAAGAAAAUAGUUACUUAG